AGCCAAUAACUGCGUGUGUUACGGUUUUUUGUAAGUGGUUCAAGGCGAUCAAAGCAAAGGGAUGUGGUAAUGCACAAAUGAUAAACUGAUAACAACAAACUGGGAAGUUUUAAGAAUGCUCUUUCGUCACUGGAAUUUCCUGUUGCGAAUCUCAUAGUCAACCACAACCAUCCCAGUGUUAAAGCAAUCCAAAAGUUCACACUUUGCUUCCACAAUGACAACAUUAUUAAAGAUAACGGUGUUUGUUUGUGCAUCUGGAUAUAUCGUAGCAAAUCUAGCCGCUGAUACGUGUCAAACUCCAGAUAAACAACAAGGCGUCUGCAAACCCUUUAAAGAGUGCUUGUCCUUGUAUUCCCUCCUGGAUAACUUAACGCAGCCAAUUACCACACACUUACGACAACAUCACUGUGGUUUUGAAGCAAAUCAUCCAAAAGUUUGUUGCCCCAAAAGCACUGAACCCGAUUCAAGUAUCCAUUUUAACCCAGAUUCUACUCCAUCAAAACAAAACACUGAUGGAAGUACCACCAUUCUCCAGCACAGCCUAUUACCCAACAAAGACAGUUGCGGUUCAACUGAUGAAGACAGAAUAAUCGGUAAUUAUCUUUCCUUGUACCAGUACCCAUGGACUGCAAUUCUCAUGUACCAAGCAAACAACCAAUCAAAAAUCGACUGUGCUGGUACUUUGAUUAGCAGUCGGUACGUUCUGACGUCUGCUGGGUGUACAACUGGUAAUCUUCCAGGAGGAGCUAAACUUGUGAGGGUGCGUUUGCGUGAACACGAUUUGGCUUCAAACCCGGACUGCGACAACCCAGAUCAGGGGUUACUAUGUGGGGAACCAUUUAUCGAAAUUCCAAUUGAGAAAACCAUCGUUCAUGAAAAGUACCGAUCUGAUGAUGCUAAUCAUCGGCACGAUAUCGCUUUAAUAAGGCUUAAUAAAACAGUCGUUUCUGGCGAUUUUUUGCAACCGCUUUGUUUACCAUCAGGUACUGAUGUUCACAAAAACUACACCGGAGUAAAACUUGUCCAACCUGGUUGGGGUAUAAACAAUGAGAAGGUAUCUAAUUCUGUAAGAGUUAGAAGCACAGUAAAAGGUCAAAGCAGUGAAGAAUGUGGCAAGAUGUUUGGUUUUAAUCUGAACCGAAGUCAACUGUGUACCAUUAAGUCUGAAAGUCACAAUAAGUUGUGCAGUUUGGAUAUUGGUGGUUCUGUAAUGUCCAUCGCGCUUACUGAAGACUAUCCAAAUUUUUACGCAGCUGGGGUGGCUUCUGCAGGAGCGUGUGGGGGAGGUCAACCUGCUUUGUAUACCAAAGUGGGUGACUACAGUGACUGGAUUGUUAGUAAAUUAGAGAAAUAAUUAAAAUCUCUGAGAAAAAGUAACUGAUAAUAAAAUUUUUAAGUUGUCAACGAACACA